AUGCAAUUUGGAAAUCUGGAACAACUAAAUAACAUUCGUAGUGAUCAAUCAGGUCAUAAUCUUCUCGAUCUUGUUUUCUCCAACCUUCCAAUUGCAAUCGAAAGAAGUGAUGAUCCAUUAAGUAAAGUCGACGAUUUCCAUCCACCAAUCACUGGCACAUUUAAUCUGGAAAUCACAAAUGAAAAAUUUAAGAGCCAUACUUACCGUAACUUCAAAAAAGUGAAUUGGAAAUUAAUUAUAGAAGACUUGAGUGCAAUUAAUUGGUCACUUAUCUUCUCAGAGUCUAAAGAUGUUGAUGAAAAAGUCAAGAAAUUUUAUGAAACUAUUGAUAAUCUUCUCGAUACUCACUGUCCAAAAAUCACAGCAAAACCGAAGCAUUUUCCCUGCUGGUUCUCAAUAGAAACGAUCAGACUAUUAAAGAAGAAACAUGAAAUAAAUUAUGAUGACAUCGAAAAACUACUGAAAAUCGAGAACCUGGAAUCAAGAAGAAAACUAGCCGACGUUAAGUUUAUUACGAAGUCAUUCAAUGAUCAAAUUGACUCAUGCACAUUCCUACAUCACUUCAAAUUCACUCAAGAUAGUGCAACAAGAAAUCAAAAAGUAUUUAAAACGACACAAAGCAGAACAGACAUUGGAAAAUAUUCAGUCUUCAAUAGACUCAUGCUGACUUACAACACAUUAUUUGAUGAUAGAAUCGCGCUCUCACAUCAACCAACUGACGCAAAAUUAAAGCAAAUAAUCCGUGAAAAAUCGGAUACAUUAAAUCAUUCUAAUGUUUGA